AUGUCUACAAGACCCAGGUCCCCGUCGUCCCAGGGAAUCACCGCCACCGUCGUGGAAGCAGGCCCCUCCAACUCAGCACAGCAGCCAACCCAGCCCCCAGUCGGUACCCUCAGGCUUCGUGGCGGUCCCUUGCAAGAAAAGCGUGUGGUAUGGAGCAAAGAGACAGUAGACAACGAGGGCAUGGGCAAAAAAAAGUCCAAGAUAUGUUGCAUCUACCACAAGCCUAAGGCAUACGACGAGUCCUCUUCAGAGUCAUCAUCAGACGAUUCGUCAAACGAGGAUGAGUGUGCACGGAAUACAGGACAGCAAUCACAGUCGCGAAGAAUCGGGGACAGCGGCAGAGUCCAAGAUGAGCUCAGCUCUGAAUCAGACGGUGGCGCGGGAGAUGGACGCGCCAAACCUAUACGCAAAGCACGUCCCCGCCGCCAUCACAAGAGCCACAAUCACGACUGCGACCAUGCACAUGGCACGCCGGAGCCCAAUCGAUAUGACGUCCAGCCCAGUGGGGCGAAGGGCAAAGCAAAGCAGUAG